AUGUUCACAGCCAUAACCAGAAGCAUCCUACCUCCGGACUAUGACAACAAUCCAUCCCAGCUGAACUAUGGUGUUGCAGUGACCGACGUGGACGGGGAUGGGGAUCUGGAGGUGUUUGUGGCAGGCUACAAUGGCCCAAACCUGGUCCUGAAGUACGACCACCUGAAGAGGAGGCUGGUCAACAUCGCCGUGGACAACUGCAGCUCCCCCUUCUACGCCCUGAGAGAUCGCCCGGGCAACGCCAUCGGGGUGACAGCGUGUGACAUCGACGGCGACGGCAGAGAGGAGAUUUACGUCCUCAACACCAACAACGCCUUCGCAGGUCGGACAACGUACUCAGACAAGCUCUUUAAGUUUCGGAACGGUCGCUUUGAGGAUCUCCUGAACGAUGAUAUAAACUUGCACAGGGACGUAGCCAACCGUAUGGCCGGGCGUUCAGUGGCCUGUGUGGACAGAAAGGGCAGUGGUCGUUAUGCCAUCUAUAUAGCGAACUACGCCAGUGGGAACGUGGGUCCUCACGCCCUCAUAGAAAUGGAUGAAUUUGCGAGUGAUUUGUCUCAAGGCGUCAUAGCCCUCACCAACGUGGCGGAGCAGGCAGGAGUCAACAAGCUGACAGGGGGGCGAGGCGUAGUGGUGGGGCCAAUUGUGAGUCAGUCCUUGUCAGACGUGUUCUGUGACAAUGAGUACGGCCCGAACUUCCUCUUCAGAAACAACGGCGAUGGCACUUUCACUGAUGUGGCGCAGCAGGCUGGGGUGGAAGACCCAAUCCAGCACGGCAGAGGCGUAGCACUCGCAGACUUCAAUCGAGAUGGAAAGACAGACAUAGUCUAUGGAAACUGGAACGGCCCUCAUCGCUUAUACAUGCAGCUGAACAAUCGCAAACAGAAGUUUAAGGACAUUGCAUCCCAGAAGUUCUCCAUGCCGUCACCUGUCCGCACUGUUAUUGUUGCCGACUUUGACAAUGAUAACGAGUUGGAGGUUUUCUUCAAUAACAUUGCGUACAGAGGGCCCUCUGCUAACAGACUCUUCAGGGUGAGCAGGCGAGAGCAUGGGGACCCUCAGAUUGAAGAGCUGAACAUUGGAGAGGCAGCUGAACCUCAGGGGAGAGGCACUGGAGCUGUGGCCACAGACUUGGACGGCGAUGGGCGCCUCGAGCUGCUCGUGUCUCAUGGAGAAAGUGCCGCUCAGCCGCUCUCCAUCUACAAAGUCAACCAUGGAGCCACAAACUCAUGGCUGCGAGUGAUUCCUCGCACCAAAUUUGGGGCUUUUGCCAGAGGAGCUAAAGUGGUGGUGUACACCAAAAAGACAGGCCCACACACUCGCAUCAUAGACGGUGGAUCUGGAUACCUGUGUGAGAUGGAGCCUGCUGCACACUUUGGCCUCGGGAAGGAUGUAGCCACAAACGUGGAGGUGUACUGGCCCGAUGGGCGAUCAGUGGCCAGACCUCUAGAGCCAGCAGAGAUCAAUUCAGUGCUGGAAAUUGACUAUCCCAGAGAUGAAGAGGUCACAACACCAGUAGAAAUAGAGUGUGGUCAUGGUUUUGCACUUAAUGAGUAUGGCAGAUGCACAGAUAAGGAUGAGUGUACCCAGUUCCCCUCUGUGUGCCCCUCUGACCGCCCUAUCUGUACCAACACCUACGGCAGCUACAAGUGCCGCUCCAAGAAGAGAUGUAACCAAGGCUUUGAGCCCAACGACGACGGCUCAGCCUGCGUCGCAAAGGUGGCUUACUUUGGAGGUACGCGGUCCUCAGGUCAAAGCAAGUGGCCGGACUCCUCCCCGUGGUUGCUGUAUCUACCAUCCUUACCGCUCCUCUCACACCUCUUCCUGUCCGGACUUCUGUAG